UCCUGCCUCCUUCCUACUCCAUGCAGAGAUUUCAUGCCAGAGCUUCUUCUCUCCAUUGUAGCCUUUGGUUGGGGAGACCCCAGCUCUUUCCAAAAACCGACUACUUUUUCUCUGACAAAUACUUUUGUGCUUCAAGAGUGCAAUAGCCUCCUCACAGCAACACACCUUUUGUCUUGUGGGACUCAACAACCCAGAGAGGCGGGUCUCAGUCCAAGAAAGAAAUCAGCCAAAACUGACCUAGAGUCCAAGUCCAAAAUGGAAGGCUUACACAUGGCUGGCUCCAAUGUCAUCAAGUUUGAGAUCAACGAAGUAUUUUGGGAAAAGAUGGCACUGGAAAGCCUGUGCGAGGAAAGUCUCGGCUCUGAUGCCUGCUGCCGGCGCUUCAGGCGGUUCCAGUAUCAUGAGGCUACGGGGCCCCGAGAGGUUUGCAGCCGCCUCCAUCAUCUCUGCCGCCAGUGGCUGAAGCCAGAGCAACACACAAGAGCUCAAAUCUUGGACCUGGUGAUCCUGGAGCAGUUCCUGAGCAUCCUUCCCCCAGAGAUGGAGAAUUGGGUCCGGGAAUGUGGGCCAGAGACCUGUUCCCAGGCGGUGGCCCUGGCCGAAGGUUUCCUCCUGAGUCAGACUGAGGAGAAGAAACAGAAAAAGCAGCAGAUUCUAUUUGGAGGAGUGCCCACUGAAUUUCCUGAGAUAAAGUUCCUGAGGUCUCCAUUGGACAUCAGUCGUAGGCUGCCGUCUAGGUGGAAGAUGCAGCGGGAUCAGGAAAGUGUCGCCUCACUGGGUGGUGAUAUGACAUCAGCAGUCCAUCCGCUACAAGAUGAAGUUGAAACAGAGUUUAUGCAACUCGAUCAGGGUUUGUUAACCUUUGAAGACGUGGCUGUGUAUUUUGAUGAGGAAGAGUUGGUGCUUUUGGAUCCAGACCAAAGAGCCCUCCACAGGGCAGUCAUGGAGGAGAAUUUUUGGAAUGUGGUCUCUCUGGGUACUGAAAUCCUGAGGACCACCAGAGAGAGGGAGAAUGAGCAAGAAUCCCAUAGGAUGGUGUUGGAAAGAGCCAGAUGCAAAGAGAGCAAAGAGCGAAGAAGGAAAACUGAAGUGAAACAAAAGAGGAGGAAAAAAACUGUGGUUUGUCCUGAGGGUGGCUACCAGGAAAUCUCAAUCCAUGACAAAAUAGACAAAGCAAAGAAAAGUUAUAAAUGCCCCAUGUGUGUGAAAGGCUUCAGUUCUAAAUCAACUCUCAAUCUCCACUGGAGAAUCCACACAGGAGAAAAACUGUUUCAGUGCUUGGAGUGUGGAAAGAGCUUCAGCUGCAACUCAAGCCUGAAGACCCACAAGCGGACCCACACAGGGGAGAAACCGUUCAAGUGUCCGCUGUGUGGGAAGGACUUCAGCCAGAGCAUCAAUCUCACUUGCCAUCUCAGAAUCCACACGGGAGAGAAACCAUUUAAAUGCUUUGAGUGUGGCAAGCGCUUCAACAAGAAGGGUGACCUUAGCAGACAUCAAAGAAUCCACACAGGGGAGAAGCCAUACUCGUGCCUAGACUGUGGUAUGAGUUUUCGUCACAAAGAGAGCCUUAAAAACCAUCAGAGACUGCACACGGGGGAACAGCCCUACAAAUGCUUAGAGUGUGGAAAGAACUACUCUAGUAGCACCAGCUUAACUAAGCAUCAAAGAAUCCACACAGGGGAGAAGCCUUAUAAGUGCUUAGAAUGCGGGAAGAGCUUCCAGGCAAAUGGAGACCUUACUAGACAUCAGAGAAGCCACAUAGGAGAUAGACCCUACAAAUGCUUCGAGUGCGGAAAAGCCUGCAGUCAGAGUGAGGCCUAACCUUGCCAUCAGAGGAUUCACAGAGAUCAGCUCGGAAAAGCAAGGAUCACAAUUUUUGGGUGUUAACACAACAAUCCCUAUUCCAAAGCUUUAAUUGUUGCGAAAAAGAGCUUACUUUGUAUGCUAAUCAUCUCUUAACAAUCAUGCUAUUUAUUAUUUUACCUUCCAGUUCAUGGGACCUAACUCCCCACUUGUUCGAAUAAAUGAUAUGUUAUACUAAAUUUUCAGCUUCUGGCCGUGUGCAUUUCUUAGUGCUUGUUUAUCAGUGUAGUGCUGUGUCAACCAUAAUAUGACUGUUUGUUACCAAAACAAACCUUUUGAUAGAAAAGAAGAAUUAAGGUAAAACUUGAAGUAUUUUUUUUAAA